UCUGUCAAUGUCAUACAUUUUAUGUAAAAUAAAUAAAGUGGCAUUGCUUUAUUUAUUAAAUACAUCUUCCAAUUUUAUUUUCAGAAACACACAUAACGUAUCUUAAAUGAAGCUACUAAAACCCAGUUGGGUAAAUCACGAUGAUAAACCUAUAUUUUCUGUGGACAUACACCCGGCGGGGAAGCGGUUCGCGACUGGCGGACAAGGCGGCGACUCCGGCCGAGUGGUUGUAUGGAACUUAAACUCAGUUUUAUUUGAAUCUGUUGAAGUGGAUCCUAAUGUCCCGAAAAUGUUGUGUCAAAUGGAUAACCACUUGGCUUGUGUAAACUCGGUGAGGUGGAGUAAUGGUGGUAAAUAUCUGGCAUCUGGAGGGGACGACAGGCUUGUGAUGGUUUGGGGGCUGAGCGGUGCUAUCGGUACACCUGGCAAGCACAAGGCUGAGACUUGGAGGUGUCUCGCCACACUUAGAGGCCAUGCAGGCGAUGUAUUAGACUUAGCGUGGUCACCGCUGGAUCGAUGGCUGGCCAGCUGCAGUGUGGACAACACCAUCAUCAUAUGGAAUGGUGAGAAGUUUCCAGAGAUGGUUGUUGUGCUAAACGGUCACACUGGUUUAGUGAAGGGUGUUACUUGGGAUCCGGUAGGCAAAUAUCUGGCAUCGCAAUCAGAUGACAAGUCGUUAAGAGUGUGGAAGACAGCUGAUUGGGCUCAGGAGACUGUGAUCAAAGAGCCCUUUUAUGAAUGUGGAGCCGGCACCACCCACGUGCUGCGACUGUCGUGGUCCCCUGACGGGCAGUACGUCCUCUCAGCCCACGCGAUGAAUGGAGGCGGGCCGACAGCACAGGUGGUGGAGCGGGACGGAUGGCGAUGCGACAAGGACUUCGUGGGUCAUAGGAAAGCGGUCACUUGUUCGCGUUUCAACAGCAACAUAUUCGUGAAAGAGGGAAAGAAGUGUUGUUGCGCGGCGGUAGGAUCCCGGGACCGCGCGCUCAGCAUCUGGCUCACCUCACUCAAGCGACCUCUAGUCGUCGUGCACGAACUGUUCAGUGACAGCGUGCUGGACCUCUCGUGGAGUUCUGAUGGUCUUAAUCUAUUGGCGUGCAGUUCCGACGGCACGGUGGCAUGCAUACAGUUUACAAAUAUAGAAAUUGGAACGCCUCUCACUUUAGACGAAAAGAAUGCGCUAUACGAAAAAAUAUACGGCAAAUGCUUAGCGAAUGAAUCUGUGGAUGACCUCUCUUCUAAUCUGCUGGUGGAGUGCCCAGACAUACUCCUGGCGAGGGAGGAACAGGAGGCGAAAAAGGAAGCCGUCAAGGACACCUCCUUGGAGAUAACACCAAAAAUAGUUGAUAAGACACCGCCCGGUCCGGCGCCGCUGCGUCCCAUGGACCGGCAGAUCGAGACGCGCACGUCGGACGGCAAGCGGCGCAUCACGCCCGUCUUCAUACCCUACGCGCAGGCCGACGCCAACGAAUCCCUGGGCUCUCAGCCGGGCGGCACCGAGAACUGCUUCAGCACAUCCUCGCAGAGCAAGUCCAGGAUCCGCGUGGAGGUGCGCGACGACAUCGUCAUACAUCCAAACGUCAGCAACCACGCCACGCCCACCACACCCGUCAACCCUAAGGUGCCUGACAACGGGUUGGACGGGCGGCUGCGCAAGCGCGGGGGCGGCGCGCUGCCCGGCCCGCGCGCGCCCGACGCCCCGGCCGCCGCGCCCGGCGCGCCCGCCCCCGCCACCCCCGGCGUCCUCGCCCCCGCGCCCGCGCUGCUGGCGCCGCCCGCGCUGGGGCUGGCCGGGCCCGUGGUGCGCGCCGCCGGGAUGCUGCGGCUGCAGGUUGUAAACAAAGCUUGCAACACUCAGUACGGCACACUGUCUCGGCUGCAGCUUAUACCAAACAACUCUGCGUCCAACGAUCCCUUAUGGGAAACUUACUUAGGCUCGCCGGUGACGUGCAUCGCGUGCGACGCGCGGUGGGCGUGCGUGUGCUGCGCGGACGCCGCGCUGCACGCGUGGUCGCUCGCCACGCCCGGCACCGUGGCGCCCGCCGCCUACACGCCGCAGAGGGCGCUGCCGCCCAUCGCUCUACCCUCACCGGCGGCUCGGCUGACGUUAAACGGUGACACACUGGCGGUGGUGACCACGACUGCCCAGCUCGCCGUGUGGGACCUCGCCACCGCCACCUGUCUCGUGAAACCGCUGUGCUUCAGAGAACUAUUGUCACCUACAGUCACGGUGACGAACUGCAUUUUAUUAGAAGACGGAAACCCUAUGAUCUUAUUGAGUAAUGGAAAAAGUUAUAUAUACUGCAAGAAAUUAUGCGCUUGGGUGGUGUGGUGCAACCCGGUGGACCCGGUGUGGCGCGCGUGCUCGGCGCGUGCGGGCGGCCCCCGCGCCGCGCCCCCCGCGCCCGCCCUGCGCCACGCGACCCACCGCGCCUCGCGCCUGCCGCCCGCCCUGUACCCGCGGGCGCAGUCCGCCACCGGCGCGCAUGUAUACUCCGAAAGCUCCAUGGUAUCAGAGGCGGCUCGCAGCUGGCUAGAGGCACACGUGGCGUCCUGUCUACAUCUCCGGCUAGCGAAGGACUACCGACACUGGAUAGCAUCGCUGUUCGAACACCUUGUCAACCAUGGCACAGAGGAACAGCUGCGGACGAUAUUGGACGACAUGCUCGGGCCCAGCCACUGCACAUCAACGCCUAAGAAAUGGCAAUCGACUAUAUUAGGUAUAAACAAACACGAUAUCUUGGAAGAAAUGCUAGCACUCCUUAUACGCCAGUUGAGAUGGCAACGCCUGUACACCGAGUAUUCAGAACAAUUGAACGAUUUAAAAAACGCGUCGAAUAGCGUCAUGAACGGUCAUUGACGCGCGCACGCUACGGCGUGAAACGCUGGCGCGGGCGAGCUACCCGCUAGAUUGCGCGUGAAAAUAAUCGCUGUACAAGAUUAUGAGAUUUAUAUCUGCCAGUGCUAGUGUUAUCGAUAAAAGUGACGUUAAAAAUGUUAUCGAUGAAAUUGUGAACAGUAUGGGUCGAGACUUAGUAUAGUGUUAAAAUGUCCGGUGAAAACAAUACCUAUUUAUGAAGGGCUAAAAAAUAUUUUUUAUUGUUCGGUUAUGCAGUUGGAAGAUAUAUUGUCUUUAUAAAACACGAUAAUUACAUAAAGCGUGCUUUUUGUUUGAUUGAGUGAUAGAAAUUUAUCGACAAUUCGUAAUAAUGUAUGUUUGUCUUUUUUAUAAUUAUCACAACACAACUUUGGCAUUUUUUGCUCAAAUUUGAUAAAUGUUUUUAAAGUAUUAAAGUUAUUGGUGAAGCUCUCAUUUGCUCUUGGUUCAAAAAAAUGAUUUUAUAAAUUUAUAUGAGCCGCCAUUAUGUCCACUGGGGUAACUAUCACCUUUCUAAUUAAGGUAUUAAUGAAAUAAAUAUAUCAAUCCCAUGAUGUACUAUUGUGCCCGGAGAACAUUAAUAUCAAACCUAAUUAUAGCAUUAAUCAACGCAUUAAAAUACUGCAUUAAAAUGUAUGUAAAAUCUCGUAAAAUUAUUAAGGUAAGUGGGUACACGUCCUACGUACAUAUAAAUUAAUGCGAUAGUUAAUGUCAUUAGACGUUAACACGGCCUCAGCAUUUGGAUUUGUUAGCUAUAAAAUUAUUGUGUUCAUUUUAAAUUAUAAGAUUUUGUAUUACGCGCAAUAAACAAUGUCGAUGUGAAGUCAAAAUCCAUCGUCAAUACAUAUAAUUGUAACAUCACGAGUAAGUAAAUUUAGACCAGUAAAAGUAAAUAGCCCGUAGACUCACUUUGUUCCACGAAAAAUUUUCACUUUCCCUAUUUUGGCCAAACACUAACUCAUUUUAUUUUCAUCACUAAUUUCAGAUAGUUAUCACUUUUCUCAGAAAAUAACUUCCAGUUUUGUAACUAUAUGUUAUAUUUAACUAGCCUAAUAAAUAACUUUCCAAAUCCAUUGAGAAAAUAAAUCAAUGAAUGAAAUAAGAUAUCAUGUUUAGCAUCAAACGAUUUUUAGCGAUCGAUAUGGAGAUAUCGAUUAAAAUCGAUUAUUAUCGGAACACUUGAAAAAUAUAUUAUUGGACCAGAAAUAUUUGUCCAGUGUCUGAAGUGCUGGCCGAAAAAGUCGUUUGAAAGUAUUAUAAAUAAUAUUAGGAAGUAUUUUUAAAUGUAACCUAAUGUAGAAUGUAUACUAUAUAAGGUAUAAUAUACUAAUAGAUAUGUUUAUACCCCCUAAUUCAUAGACGUUAUUUAUCUAAGGACGGAAUAUUGCUGUGAUAAAAAGUCUGUUUCUCAGUGCUGACGGCAUGACAGCCUUCCCAUUGCGUAGAUAUAGGGCCGUUGUGAUUGGCUAAUAUUGAGAUACAACUUGAAUCUAGUUGGCCUGUCAGAUAAACAAAGCUGAGAAACAGACUUGUUAUCACAGCAAUGCUUCUUCUUUAGGUAAAAAAAGUCUAUGAAUAAGGAUGAUAGUCUAUUGGAGGUUUAGCGUCAGCCUAUGGCAGGCAAGCCGAGCGCAGCGCAACAGUAAACCUUAAAUUUGUACUCUAUUAUUAUAGUAAUACGGUUAUUUAUUUACAAAAUAUAGGAUUCUUUUGACAUUGCGUUGAUUAAUGAAACGCAUACCUACUCGUCUUUAUCUCUGCUAACAUUGUGCCAAAAAUGUUUCACAAAUAUUGAAUAUUAUCACCAAAUAUCCUAAUUUACUUAUAUAUUUUUGGAUCAUUUUAUAGUUUAGUGAGAAUAUGGCGUGUGAGGGAGUGUAUAUCUGAGUAAAAAAGUGAUAUUGCUACCAUGAUGAAUUCUUUUAGAGUAGAAGCAGUGGCAUGAGGGCUUUUAAAAUUAAAAUUACUUUUCAAUAUUUAUUUUGUUCGUAACUUCCACUUUUUUACUAUCAUCUACGGUUCCAAUAACUUCUUGUAGUAUUAUUUUCAAGAAUAUAAGCAUGUGGUUUUAUUUAGGAACGCAAUGUUAAAAUGACCCUGUAUAUAAUAGAUAUCUACCCAGAGGUUGGAGCCAAGACGGCUUCUGCAAUUGUAAAUCAAUAGACAAAAAAAAAUAUGGGAAUGCCAUGUUGUCAUGCCGUCGUUUGGAUAUUAUAUAAAAUUUUAUUUUCUGCGUAGACGACUGCAGAAAGAUGUCUUGGUUCUGUACCAACAGGCCCAGAAUAUCAAAAUGUAGCGAAGUUGUGAUUCGUACAAAGAUAUUAAUAGUAGGUAUGCAAUAGCUAUAACCAGUGGCGUUGCUUGCCAUAGGGGGGGUCCUUAAACCUAUAUUUAUUGAGGGCUCUUCAGGGCAGUGCGAACUUUUGGGCCCCCGCUUAGUUUAAUGAAGGUAUGGGCUAAGAGGGUCCCAAAGCUCGGGGGGACCCGGAUCACUGAUACGGCGGUAGCUACGCCCCUGGCUAUAACAAUAAUAUUUUUAAUCUUACAAUUAGACGAAAUUAUGGGUAAAACCGUGUACAAAAGUGGGUAGGUCUUAUAGAAACUUUUAUAACAAUUAAUACUUUACCCACAAUUACACAGUUCCCUGGAUCCUAUUUAAAAAUAUUAUUGAAGUGAUAUGUCAUACGUUGUGAUUUUAGGCUACGAAUCUAGAAAGUGUAAUUAGAUAAUGAUUUAAAUGUAAUUAGAUAACUAAAUUACUUCAACACUGCCGCAUGUAGGUAGAAAUGAAUAAUUCACUUCGCUCGGUUUUACGGGGCGAUGUUUUAUGUAAAAAUAUAUGAAUAUUAUGUGUUAUAAUGAAUUAAUAUACCCUUUUCUAAAAGGCAUAAUGUAUUAUGUGAAUUAAAACAUAUAACUAUGUUUAAAGAUGUAAUUAAAAUCUUUUUAUACAUCA